GGAGCAGUUGGAGCAGAAGCCAUGUUGCUGUGCCCGUUGGCCCUCACCCUCGUCCUGCUGGUGGUCUCUGGCAUCGAGUGUGAGCUGAAGGAAGUUUGUUCUGGAAGCCCGGGCAUCCCUGGCACUCCGGGAUCCCAUGGCCUGCCAGGCAGAGAUGGGAGAGAUGGUGUCAAAGGAGACCCUGGACCUCCAGGCCCCAUGGGCCCCCCUGGAGGAAUGCCAGGCCCUCCCGGGCGUGAUGGGCUGAUCGGAGCACCUGGCAUUUCUGGUGAGCGUGGAGACAAAGGAGAACCUGGUGAGAGGGGCCCUCCAGGGCUUCCAGCUUAUCUGGAUGAGGAGCUCCAAACCACACUCCAAGACCUCAGACAUCAAAUCUUGCAGUCAAAGGGAGUCCUCAGUUUGCAGGGUUCCAUGCUGAUGGUGGGAGAGAAGGUCUUCGCCACCAAUGGGCAGACGGCCAAUUUUGAUGCCAUUAGAGAGGCAUGUAGCAGAGUUGGCGGCAGCAUUGCAGCCCCACAGAGUCCAGAAGAGAACGAGGCCAUUGCAAGCAUCGUGAAGAAGCACAACACUUACGCCUACCUGGGCCUGUCCGAGAGCCCCACCCCUGGAGUCUUCCACUACCUGGAUGACACUCCUGUAAAUUACACCAAAUGGUACCCUGGGGAGCCCAGGGGUCGGGGCAAAGAAAAGUGUGUGGAGAUGUACACAGAUGGGCAGUGGAAUGACAAGAGCUGCCAUCAAUACCGACUGACCGUCUGUGAGUUUUGA